AGCCGAAGUGAGGCAAGAUGGCGGAAAGUUCGGGCGAUGAAGACGGACUAGAGGAAAAUUUCGUGUUUUAUCACGAUCGUGAAGAAUGGAAAGAUAUCACUCCUGUUGAACAGGAUGAUGGACCUUAUCCAGUUGUGAGAAUUGCGUAUUCUGAUAAGUGUAUGUACUGGUUGAAUAGUUCACACGCUCUCGAGACCUAGUUAAAUUUGUUUUGUGGAAUUGGAAUCUAAAGCUCGUAUCUUAUCUUAACUUCUCUUGAUGUCUUUAUCCCUCAUGAAAUAAAAAUUGUUAAAGAAGCGGUAGCAAUGAUUAAGAAAAUAGUGACAUAAGCAGUGUUAAUUAAUCAUGGCGUGCAUAAAGUUAUUCCAAUUUGUCAUGCUGUAACAAUUCAGUUUAAACGAUAAGUUUUUGUACAACUUACACAUGUAUACAUCUUGACGUGAGUAUUUGCAUUUUUGCAGUCAAGGAUGUCUUUGACUACUUCAGGGCAGUUCUGUUGGCUGACGAGAGAAGUGAACGUGCUCUUGAGCUCACGGAAGACGCCAUCAGCCUUAAUCCAGCGAAUUACACAGUCUGGUUAGUAAAUAAAUAUGCCCGCUCACUUUUUCCUUUUUGUUGAUCCUCACAAUUUAACAACCUCAUCAAGACAUUGGCCCAGUUUUUCAAAAGGAAGCUAACACUACCCAUUGAAUAAAUUGCUAUUCAAUGAAUUAGUGUUACAAAACAUGCGACACAAUGAUUUAUCCAUUGUAAAGCAUUUGUUGCCCUUCAAACAACAAGGUCAUUAUCUUCACAAGUUAAAACUACCGUUAUCCUCUAUCCACAUCAAGAAUUAUUAGACAUGCUUUACCCUUUUACUCCAAGGUCAAGCACACAUUUCAUGAGAAUAAAGUAAAAUAUCAGCUAGGGGAUUGUAAUUUGAUCUAACACCAAAUUCCUAGAACUGACAUUAGAGGAAACAUAUAGAAAACAGUAGAGAGAAUUACUUUUGAGAUUUAGGGAUUGAAAGUGCUAAGCAGUCAACAAUGGUUGAGGAGCACCCAGAAUGCAUUUUCAAGAUAAAUUUUGAGAAAGUUCUAAAGAAAAUACAUGAUUGCAUUAAAAUUAUUAAAAGAAUGUAACUGUAAAAGAGAAUGUAAAAGAGAUAUUUGGUGCUUCAGUUGAAAAUGGAUUGGCCUUUUUUCUCAAUUCCUAACCUGGGUAGAAAACUGCACAUCUAAAUGUUUCCAAUUUCCGUUAGUUUACAGUACUGUUGCCAUGGUUUCUUGCAAGAGGCACAUGAAAGUUGGUGACCUGUGCAGUUGUUUUUCAGCUCUGUGCCUAUGGGUUUAGAGAUUGACUGCUUUGAAACAGGGAGUUUACCACCUGAGGAGCUUUUAAUACAUGUCUGUCCCCCCCCCCUCCCCCUCUGUGAUUUCAUAGCCUAAGUGGAACAAAAAAUUUUGUAUGCAUGUCCAUUGUACCUAUCUUGGUUACCACGCUGAGAUCUCAGUUCACUGUUUACUUGGGGGAAAUGUAUUGUAAAUCUAUUACAAAGAGCUAUGGAAGGUUGUGAGGUAAUUUAAUAAAAUUGGACACAGAAGCUGUGCUAGGUGAAAGAGCCUCUGCUGUAAUUAGAUCCAUUUUUUUGGGAAAAAUGAUGAAAUUUUUUUUGCCAAACAGACAUUUUUCUGAAACAGAUAUGACUUGGUACCAAAGGUUGAUUUAACCCCUUUAACUACCAAGAUCUUAUAAGUAAUUCUCCCCACUGUCUACCAUGAAAUACUUGUGAUUACAAUUUGAAGAAUUUGGUAUUGGAUCAACUUGCAGUCCCCUAAUUGAGUUUUCUUCUUACUCUCCUCAAUAGUCUGCUUGAUUCUGUGUUGAUAUUUUAAGGAGAAAUUCUGUCUUAGUUACUCUUGGAAGUUAAAAUGUUAAAGAACAGAGUGGUUAAAGUAAGUAAUGAAGAAAAUAAAAUCACAAUCAUUGUGACUGAUUUACUCUUUGAAAGGCAUUUCCGGAGAGUGCUGCUGAAAUCUCUGAAAAAAGACUUACAGCAAGAAUUACAGUUUAUAACUGAUGUCAUCAAAGAACAACCAAAAAAUUACCAAGUUUGGUAAGUAUAGAUUAGUGCCUAGUUUUUCCUUGCUACAACAGUAGUUUUGUUAGCAAUAAGGGCACAGAAAUCCUUUUUAUUAUCAGCCAAAAUUUGGUAUUCAACUCUUUUUAUAGAAAACACAUUUCUUUUCCUUUAAUUUAAGGCUGAAAUAUUAACCAAAACAUCAGUUGUUUUCAACUUUUUUAAAAAUAUAUUUUUUAUAUUGUCUAGUGCAAUGUUUUCAGUUGUUGUCAGAUAUGGGAUAGUUUUAUAUGCAUUUUGAAGCUAUUUUGGAAAUGUCUCGAUAGGCACCAGUUUUUUUGAAUGAGCACGACAUCUCAUCAACAGUUCUGAUUUAUGUGUUCUACCUUCCUUUAAUCCUUUGACCCCUGAGAGUGACCAGCAUCUAAUUUCUCCUUACAAUAUCACCCAUGAAACACACAUUGAGGUCAUGAGAAUAAAGGAAAUGAUCACCAACUAAUAGAGCUCUUGAAUUUUAAGCAUAUUCUCCUUAACAGCACCUUAGGAGAUUUAUAUGGAACAGUAUGGAGAAUAUACAAACUGAUGUUAGGGUGUACAUGGUUAAAAGGAAGAAAAAGAGAUAAAUAGUAUUUAAAAUGAAUCAAUUUACCAGUAAUUAAGUUUUAUUCUUGUUUUGUCAGGUAUCACAGAAAAGUCCUUAUUGACUGGCUGAAAGAUCCCAGCAAUGAACUGAAGUUUACUGAGGAUAUUCUACAACUGGAUGCUAAAAACUAUCAUGCUUGGCAACAUCGACAGUGGGUCAUCAAAGAGUUUGGUUUAUGGGAGAAAGAGCUUGAUUAUGUUGACAAACUUUUAACUGAAGAUCUCCGCAAUAACUCUGCCUGGAAUCAAAGAUAUUUUGUAGUCUCCAAAACUACAGGCUUCACCAAAGAUAUUGUAGAGAGAGAAGUGGAGUGAGUAUGUAAUAGUUAUACAGAUUUCUCUAAGAGAGUUUAGUUAAGGGAAACCACCAAAUUCUGAAAAUGGUAGGUCCCAUCAUUUUUUGGAGUUAGCUAGCCAAAUAAGCAGGAACUUUUAGGUAGCCACAACUGUAUCUCAACUUGUGGAUUACUAUGAGUGUCUUGAAUUUGGAUGGCACACCUACAUAGUCAAGUAUUAAGAUUGAAGAAUGUUUUCAUUAGGAUGCUGGCAUAUUAUUAUUUUCCUCUAGCAGUUUAUUUUUUUAAUUUUGGCAUCCUUUCAAUGGCGAAACACUAAGCUGUUACAUGGGUAUGGAUGAAGCCAUUUUAUUUCUGCUCAAGGCCAUUCCUUAGAAAUACAAUUUACAUCCCUAUUACACAUGGUUUCACUUGUUAUUCAAUCAUAUGGUAAAUUAGAAGAUGAUGGCUUUCCUAGAUGGAAGAAUUUUCUUUUAAGAUGGUUUGCUGACUUCUUGUUUUCUUUGAUUUAGUCCAUUAAAUAAAUUCAAACAAAUUCUCAAUGCAGAGUGCAAAAUAAUCCUUUGAAAGGUGCUCCUCAAAGAACAUAGAGGGCCCUUCUUUGUUUUGAAAAAUGAAAUUCACACAAGGACAAUUAUUUCAGGAAGGAAUGACUUUGAACACUUUCAUGUGUAGUGCGGUCUUCUCUAAACUGAAAAGUUAGCUAAUUAUCAUCUAAAUUUGUUCUUUUGUAGGCUCACAAUGAAUCUUAUUCAGAAAGUGCCAAACAAUGAAAGCGCUUGGAAUUAUUUGAAAGGGUAAGCAUUGAGAUUUCUUAAGAGUCUUUAACAUAUCUAAGAAAUGAUGAAAUAUUAAUUUGAAGUUCAUGCAGUUGUUAAGUGAGGAAGUUUCACAUGAAUUUCAUGAUCUCUUCAUGGGGAUUUAAUGAUGGAGAAGGUAUAUGUCAGAGAAGGGAAAGCCCUUGCUUUGUUCACUAGCCGUGGAAAACUCAGGAAAGUAAACAUAUCAGUUGCAAAGUACAUAGCUUGAUCAAUAGUAUAAUAAUAUGUGUAUGCACAGCACACAUAUUGCCACCUGGUUAGGUUAUGUUGUAGAGUACAGGCUGUGGUGCGAUGAUGUGGAUGGUUAAAGCUUCAAAUAAUUGGGGAGAAUGUGCUGCUUUUGCUAUGAAAUCCACAAAUGGUUAAACACUGUAGUCUUCCUGGACAAGGAUGAUACACCCCAGGCCCCAUCUCCUGCAUUUUCUCUGUAUUGGUUCACAGGGAAUGUUAAAGAACCCACACACCUCUCCCUAAGAGUAAGAAAGGUAGCUCCUGGUGUUUUGGUCUUGCUUUGUUUCCAAAUUUGGGGGCUAUCGCAAGUUUUCCUUUCAAAAAAAUUAACUGCUCAAUUUAGUCUGGCCAAUAAAAAUCCCCCACAAAGUGUGGUAAACUUCCAUGAGCUCAUGGAUGUGGCACUGUGGACUGAAAUCCUUCCAUUGUUGUUGUUAUGUAUGUUGACUAUAAGUUUGUAUAAUGUUGUAUAUAUACUGCUAGUAGCCUUAUGUGUUCUUAAUAUAGAGGUAGAAGUAUCCUCAUAUGAAAUAUUAAGCUAAAAGUUUGAACAAGAAGGGAUUAGAACAAGACACAGACAUGACAAGGUGUUUCUCAGUUGUAACUCAGGCAGUUCAAGCCAAACCGCAUAGUGCAUUAUUUUGCUUUCCCCUUAUACAAUCCAGUAUCUCCACAACCAUAAGAACAACCAAAAAAUACAGGUUUAUUUACUGGUAGUUUAGAUGUCACAAGCCUUCAAAUAUUAAAGAGAACUCAAUAGGUUACAAAUUAAAACUUUUCAGGUUACCAUGUUCCCACCAAUAGCAUAGCUCCAACUUUCUACAUGUAAAUCACACAACCCACAAUUCUUCUUGUCCUCUGACGAAGGGCUAACACUUGAAAUGUCAGCUUUAGAAACUCUUUACAGUGGCCAAUUUACAUUUAUUUAUCAACUCAGUUCAUAAAACCAAA